AUGCCAGUAAAACAUUUUGAAGAUGUUCACCAGAUGGAUUUCUGGAAUCAUACAGUCAAAACCUUUGGUCCCUUGAUGCUUGGGCUUAGGUCCCUUAACAUAAGAAUCCAGGUCACUCAGGUUCCACCCUUAGCAGUGGAAUCACUCCUGAAUGUAGAUACUGGUCAAUCCGAGGGAUCUAAAUGGAGAAGUGCGUACGCUACUUUAAAAUUAAAACAGAAUAUGAGUGCAGAGGAACGAAGAGCUUGUCAAGCUGGCGAUGAAUUAAUUGAGCGGGCGAAAUUGAACGAAAAGUUUUUCCUCAGCAGCUCCAAACAAAACGAGCAUCUUGAUUGUAUUCUCGAUUAUAAGGAAGGUCUUAAAGAAAAGCUUCAACUUAUUGCUACUGCUGCCUACACUGGUGUAACUACCACAGGGCAGCCUACCAUGAAAUAUCUGCUUCAUACUAAAGCAGGAAUCAUCAAGACCCUCGAAUUUAUCGAGGCGACGAGAAUAGCCACCAGAUCAUGGCAUCUCAAUAGAAUGCAUGAAGAAGAAGAGGAAGAAGGCGGAGAAGAAGGGGGGUGGACCGGAAGAUUGUGA